AUGGCGGAGCAGCCCGAUGCACUCAGUCCUGUGGGCAACUUUUUGAUGGCCACGCUCUUGAUCGUUCUGUGUGGGCUGAGCUUCCUGAGCACUGUUGGCCGCCAGUUCCAGGAGGACUUGGUGCCCCUCACGCCCGAGCAAAUCGAGUCGCUGCGGUAG